AUGGCGACCACAAACAGUGGAGGUGCACAGGGUCCAAGUGCACCACCUCUGGGAGAGUUGAUAUCUAUCAUAGAUGCUAUAGGUCUGACGAAAAUGCUCAAUUUGUCGUCGACGGUGCUUUAUAUUUAUGAAAUGCUGACAACCUUCGAUCGAGAAGUUACUUUCAUGUGGACUUCCGGUUUCAACAUCGGAAAGCUUCUCUACUUUGUGAUACGGUACUUUACAUUAAUUGUCAUGGUGGCAAUCCAUGGAGCAAUAUUUAUGCCUAACGGAAGUGCUCAGGCACCACAUGGAUCCGAUUUCAUUUCCAUUCAUCAACUAUCGUCUAUGGGCUGGUACAACCUUAGAGUCUAUGCUAUGUUCCACAAAAAUAAGGCGAUCCUAGCUGUUUGUUCAGCUUCAUUGAUUUGCACGUUUGCAAUGGCCAAUAUAAUAGCCUCGUUCACGAUGAAGGGAGCGGAAAUUUCGUUUGUGGACCUUGGACCGGGAUCUAAUAUGCAUUCCUGCGGUAUUGUCAGCAUGAAUGACUGGUAUAAGGCAUUUUGGGGAGCAAAGACCUUCAAUGAAGUGCUCUUAUUUUCGCUGGCUCUUUUUAAAGGGAUUCGAAGUUACAGAUCGCGCUCGCAUUCAGCGGUGUCAUACGUCAGACUGAUAGAUAUCCUGGUCAGAGAUUCAGUAUUGUACUUCCUUGUAGUAUUCGUAUCCUACAUCAUGUCCUGGAUUGUUUGGCUUACCAAAGGCGUAUCGUACCUAGAAGCGCCGGCGGGCUUUGCCAUGGCCCUGGAAUCUAUCAUGAGCCAAAGGCUACUGAUUAAUGUGCUUUUGGAGUACUCGGAACGAGGUCGCAGAAAUCAGUGGUCGGACCAGAACACAGGGUCGAUGCCCGCGUAUACCCCUCAAACGAGCGUCGUCCAGAAGUUCCACACUCCACAGGCAGACGUGGAACUCAUCGAGUCGUCCAGGUUCCGAAGGCGAGUGGAUGAUCAUAAUGCAAGUUUCUGGGCCUGA